AUGGAUGGCGCUGAGAACCCGGACGCAGCUCCUGCCUCCUCUUCCCCCGAGGAGCUCCGCUCUGCCCUGACCCUGACCAAGGGGCUCUCCAUCUUCCUGGAUAUUCUGAGAAGAGCAGAUAAAAAUGAUGAUGGCAAAUUGUCCUUUGAUGAAUUUAAGACUUACUUUGCGGAUGGAAUUCUGAGCAUAGAGGAGCUUCACCAGCUGUUUCAGAAGAUUGACAUACACAAUACAGACAACUUGGAAACUGAAGAACUAUUUGAAUAUUUUUCCCAGCAUCUGGGAGCUUAUGAAAGCGUCCUAUCUGCUUUGGAAGAUCUCAAUGUAGCCAUACUGAAGGCAAUGGAUACUACAAAGAAAAAUUAUCAAGAGGCUUCUAAGUUGGAACAGUUUGUGACUCACUUCUUGUUAAAAGAAACUCUGAAUCAACUACAGUCUCUGCAUAAUUCCCUGGAAUGUGCCAUGGAAACCACAGAAGAACAAACCCAACAAGAGCAGCAAGUCCCAAAGAAGCCAGAGGUGCUCAAGAUACAACACCCAGGAAGACGUUCAGGUCGAAGGCUCCAGAGAAAUAAUAGUUUUUCUCCAGUUAGUCCUCUUUUGAACCCAGGUUUGCACAAGGAGGACAACCACUGGAUGACCCAAAUAAACAGACUUCAGAAGCUGAUUGACAAGCUAGAACAGAAGGACCUAAAGCUCGAGCCACUAGAAGAGGAGGUUUCAGAAGGAAAUACUAAAUCUCAAAUAAUGAUUGUUCAACGUCAGAUGUCAGUAAUUACAGAAGAACUAGAGCCAUUCCGCUUUGCUCUAAAGCAGUAUGUAGAUAUGGCUUCUUCUCAGGAUGGAUGUCUGCAUGUUUCCAUCCAGAAACUUUCAGGCAAAUCCUGUUUCAUUGUUUAUGAAUUUUGGGAAAAUAACGCCUGGAACAGCCAUCUUCAGAUGAAUUACAGCAAGUCAUUCCAAAGAAGUAAUGUAGAUUGCCUGGAGACUCCAGAACACAUUACAACUAUGCUUGUUCCUGCUUCUUGGUGCAACCUGAACAACUAG